AGUAUCGUCGGUUGCACAACAGGAGAUGACGUGGUUCAUCAGAUCUUGCUUGUCCGUCCUGGAGGCGGUCCGCGACGUCUCGGUGUAACCACCAUCUCCUUCGGUUUUGGUCUGGUCCGUCGACACUCGUCGACAUCGCAUCCAACGACACUCGCGCACACGGUCCUCUGGCGACUCCUCGCUGACGCACUGGCACCGGGCUGAUCCUGGUGGUCUUCCCUGACCAGUGCGAUCUUGUUGGUGCCGGCUCGUGCACAGCCGUUGCUAACAGACAGCAGACUCGCUACGCAGACCUCGGCGCGCCCUACAUCCUAUGUCCCCAGUCUACGACUUCUUCCUCGUUAUGUGGCUCACUCGUCUCGGUUUACUUCACCUCUCGCCUCGCCUCGGUCUCCAUCUCGAUCCUCGCCUGUUCCCACCCUCGAUUUGUCCUCGCCUGGUCUCUCUUCCUCGAUUCUCAUCUCGUCAUCUCUCGCUUCUCCUCGGACCUUAUCGCGCAACGUCGACCUGCGCCCUUCAUCAUGUCGCCAACACCUCUCCUCGAUCAACAUAUGCGCAAGACUCACGGAACUACCACUCCGGCCCAAGUCCUCACCACUCGCCUCUCGAGCCAAUGACCCAAAAUCACCUAGCCCUCUCGUUCCCGUCCUCUUACGCACCCGGCCCUCCAUUCGCCUCAACUGCAAGUCUCAUCCACCCCUGCGUGGACACGCCUGUUUGGCGUCCCUCUCGCUCAAGUCUCAUCUCCCUUGCACGGUUUCGCCUCACCUUCACAUGCCACCUCGCAAACGCCUCGUCUCGUCUCGUCUCGCCUCGUGCCCUCCCGGAUUCCUCGUGCGCUAUCCCGUGCAGCUCGCAUCAUUCUUGCCCACGCUCGUCGCUCUCGUCGCCUGUCGCAUCCCGAUCCGCGUUCACUGUCAUCUCACUGCGCUUUGCUCCGCCCUCGCCGCAUGCUUUCAUCGUCACGCGCUCUAUCCCUCAACGUCUUCCAGCUUGCAUCAUCCUGUCCUCGUCCGCGUUUCCGCUGCCCAGCCCGCUAUGCGUUCCCCGUCGCGUGCUACCUCGCCAGUCUUCGUCGCCCUCCGCGCUACUCAGCCAGCCACCUUCGCAUCGUCAAGUCGCAUUCGGUUCCCGUCUUCUGCCCGCUCAUUGGACUUCCAGCCAACUCACUCACGACGUCCACCAAUCACCUCAUCCCUUCUCUCGCAACGGCCUUGUCUCUGCCUCGUCCGCUCGAUGUGUCGACCUAUCGGCGGUCUCUGUACCGCUCCCGGCACCCAUUGUCGACAACCGCCUUGUCUUGCCUCGUUCCCCGGUCUCCUGGUCCUCAAAUUCGGAACAGCCUCUUCUUCCGGUUAGAUUUGUAUCGUGUCUCCCUCGUGUCUUGUCCUCCGAUGUCUCCUCGUGUCCGGGUCCUACUGUAGCAUACUGUACGAUUAGUAGUCUCCUAAGAACAGGGACUGCACUCCAGCACCGGACGCGGUGUUGUAGUGCAGUUUCUGCCCUUGCACGGAGUCCGGUAUCUGUGUCCAUCUCUCAGCGGACUUAGCCUAGAUUUGUAUCUCUCUGGAAUGGUCAUUGGAUAUCAACCGUUUGUUAACACAAAAGGUCUGCGCGCCGCU